GUGCGUUGUUUCGCAGAAGUUUCAUCCUGCUGCGGCCGUCUGCUGUAGGCAAAGGUCGUCUGCUUUGGAAUACCGGACGCAGACGGUGACCGGCACUAUUUGUGUGUGCGAUCCUGCGUUGUGCGUCGGUGUAUUGUGACGAAUGAAGGAUUUACGUGUGGAUGUGGUGUCAAUAUACCCUCUCGUGUGGUGGUGCCUUCCUCUAAAUCGCACAUUUAACGCCAGUUGCUUUGGCAAGGUAGUGUCGUCUGCUACGACGCUGCUGUUACAAUGGACAACAUGCGCGUAGAAAUCCCGUACGGAGUCAAUCCAGCCAGUGACUAUUGUUCGAGUUUUCCCUCGUCCGACAUCGCGUUCGACUGUUUCUUUUGCUAGUGAGUAGCUCGCAGUUCGAUGACACGCGAAGGACAUCCAUCGCACGUUUUUUGUGGAGCAGCGCAUAACAAUGAGGAAACACGUAAAGUGACCAGUCACGUCACCCGAUUUUCUCGUCUGUUCCAAUAAGCAUCGCCCGCUUCGUUCAUCGUCUGCAGUGGAAGCGAUAACGCAUAACGAGGGGAGCUAGCGUGCGUGCCCGUGCGGUAGAUGACACUGCUCAGUGUCCUUAUCCGCAGCUGUCAGCGUGCGACACGGCGAAAGCCAUCAUGGUGGUUGUGUCUGCUUGUUGGGCCCCUCGUCUUGAUGAGGAAAUCAUUGACUGGUUCGAUAUUCGGCAACAGUUGAACGACCAGCUCAAGUGUCUGGAUGUGCGGUUAGAAACCCAGGUGGCCCUCGUCGCAGAGAUCCAAGACUACUUCCGUCGACGUGCAGACGUUGAGCUCGAGUACUCGCGCUCCCUCGACAAGCUUUCGAAGUCCCUAUUGCUCAGGCACAAGUCAGAGAAGCUCAAGCGCGAACAAUGGCACCUGUUUUCGUCAUACAGCUGCUGGCAGCAGCUUGUAUCCAACACCAAGAAACAGAGCAGGGACCACGCAGCACUGAGCGAGAUCUAUGCGGGGACUCUGAUUGGACGUCUCACACACCUAAUGGAAGACGUUCAGCGGAUAUAUCGAACGUGCCGAGGUGUUGGAGUUCAGCAGCACGAAGAAUUGCUCAAAGUCUUGCACGAACUGCACACGACGAUGAAGACGUAUCAUUCGUACCGCUCUUUGGAGCAGCAAGCAGAAGCAAAACUUAACUACGUGGCUUCGCAGAAGGUCCGGCUAGAGCAGACGAUACCGAAAGAAAAAUUGGAAAAAUCCAAAAAGUUCCGUGUCAUCGAGAAGGAAGUUUCAAAGAGGGAGGCAAAGCACAGGGAAGUGCGGUUAAAGUCCCUGAAGGCACGCAACGAGUACUUGCUGUGCAUGGAAUCUGCCAAUGCUGCUGUACAAAAAUAUUUUGUUGACGACUUGUCCGACCUGGUUGACUGCAUGGACUUUGGCUUCCACACGUGUCUGUCGCGUGCCCUCUUCAUGUACAGCAACUCGGAAGAAUGUCUUCAGCGGUCGCUUCAACGCAGCGCAGAGUCCCUAGGAAAGUGUACCAGCAACCUGGAUUCGAGGACAGACAAGCAGCGCUUCCUAGAGUACAACAAUGCUGCCUUUAUGGUGCCUAAGAAAUUUGCUUUCCAGCCCUACAAGGGAGAUGAGACAAGUCAGGUGAACGUCGAACAUCCCAUACAAGACGAACUGGAGCAACGCUUUAAGCAGCUUAACAAGCGGCUCACCUCUCUGAAAACGGAGAAUGAGGAGAUCUGGAAAACACUUGAAACAGCUGAGAAGUCAUUGCUGGACAUGAUGAGUGCCAAAGACACAGACUGCAGUCCAUUCUUCGAGGAAGGAACGCAUGCAAGCAGAAAUGGAGUCAAACAGCCAGAGACCAUUGCCCUCAAGCUACGAGCUGAUAAGCAAGAGACUGAGGACUUCUAUCUUGAGAAAUUCCGUGACUAUACGCUGGGCUGUAACGUGGUUGCCAGACUGCAAGCCAAGUCAGAUCUCAUGAGCACUGCUUUGGGAAAAAGUCCCCCUACCAACGGAGACGAGUCCCCGUCCCCCAUCCCCCAGUCCCGACCUCCCAGGCCACGGAAAAAGCGAAUCGGCAGGCAGGCGACUCGGGGGCAGCCUAAGCUGUUUGAAGGCAGUCUAGAAGAAUACGUAGAGGCCACAAAUCAGGAAGUUCCUUUGAUUAUCAGAAGUUGUAUUAGAGUGAUCAAUUUAUAUGGGUUACAUCACCAAGGUGUGUUCCGAGUCUCGGGAUCUCAAGUGGAGAUUAACAAUUUUAAGGAUGCUUUUGAAAGGGGCGAGGACCCACUGGCAGACGUGUCAGAUGCUAGUGACAUCAAUUCUGUUGCGGGAGUGCUUAAACUGUACUUGAGGGAACUUCGUGAACCACUCUUCCCAAUCUUCUAUUUCGAUCAGCUGAUGGAGAUCAGUCAGCUGGAAUCAAAGAAGGAGUUCAUCUCGAAGGUGCGCGACGUUGUACGCAGCUUCCCAAGACCAGUCUUUGUGGUACUGAGGUACCUUUUUGCAUUCCUGAACCAUCUGUCAGAGUUUAGUGACGAAAACAUGAUGGAUCCUUACAACCUGGCCAUCUGCUUCGGUCCCACGCUUGUCCCUAUCCCCGAGGACAAAGACCAGGUGCAAUACCAGAACCUCGUCAACGAGUUAGUGAAGGGAAUUAUUGUCUACCAAGAAGAAAUCUUCCCGGACGAUGGGGGCAUCGUUUAUGAGAAGUACAUCAGUGCGGACGCUCCCGACGACAAUGACGUGGGAGAGAGCCCGCCGGACCAGACCGUUGACCAGAUCGGAGAUGUGGAAGUGGACUCUGCUCCAGCGGAAGAAGAUGCACUUACUGUAGAGCCAGAGAUCUCAAUCAACCUGUUUGGAAAGUCCGAAAGGCUGGAGGCCACAGCACAGUACGACUUUGCGGCACGGUCGGAGCGGGAGUUGUCCUUCAAGCGGGGCGACACCCUCGUGCUGUACACCCAAGUUUCCCCCGACUGGUGGAAGGGCCACUUUGAGGGGAAGGAUGGUCUCAUUCCCGACAAGUACAUUAUGCUCAAGAUAAAAGACGAAGACCGCGACAAAGCAAGCAUAGAUGGCAGCAACGACAAACAACGACGUACUAGCAGCAGCAGUGACUCCCUGUCUGGUGUCAGUCCGAAGACGCCUCGUUCCACCUUGCGAUCCACAUCCAUCCUCACUACGUCCUCCCAGGACGAGAUGGAGCCUCUCUCUCUUGACUCCCCCAAGGUGGGGGGCCGGGGCCUCCCGGAUGCAGCACGACCGGGGGGACGUAGACGUAGUCUCAGCCCUUGCUCCCUGGGGGGGCCGCCACCUCCCGACCCCCGCCGUCUCAGGCCCUCAACCAGCAUGAGUGAUUCGCUCGAACCGACGCUUGAGCUGGCCACACCUCAGGAGUUGGACAGAGCAAAUCUUGAACUGGCUCGUGACCUCGAUGACGCCCUGGCCCGAGUUCACUCGAGCAUCGACUGCAUAGAACGCAGCAAGAAGUCCGACACUCCAGACUUGGUGUUGGAUCUUCCAGUCAGCCCUUCUAGUCCGACUGCGAACGACGGAGCAACCAUGAUGGACGACGCACUAAUGACGACCGCGGAGCGAUUUGCGAUGUCAAAUCAGUGCACGCUGAAGAAAGGGGCCACGUCACGUGCGAGGCGAAAUUCUUGCGGAAGCGAAGGUGCCCUGCCGACGUCGGACAAUGGUACUGUGCCGACCAGCGGGAGUGCAACGUCGGUGAGGGAGCUGUCACGGAAGUUUGCGGCGGACCAGGGGGCAGUGACACCGAGCAAGCCGCCGCUAAAAGCGAAACCACCAGUGCUGGUGAGGAAGUCCACGGGAUCCCCCGAAGCAGUGAGAUGUGAGAAAGAGUACAAACAGACAUCCUUCUGAUGAGUAGUGAAUAGAUGAAGUGUGUAUCCCAGUCUUGUAGGUGUGUCGUUUGCCGUAGAGCCCGAACGGGACGUUUCGUCUUCACGAUUGUCGAUUGGGCACUUCGUGUGGAAGUGGUUUGUGGAGCCGUCGAGUGCCUGUUGACAUGAGUGUGCAUUGUCUUGGAAUGGUGAUGAUGUGUGUGGACGAGCCAUGAAUUUGCUCAAAAUGGCAAAUGCAUCCCUGUAACUUGUACCAUUCUCUCGGUGGAAGUGUUUUAGCAUGUAAGAAGCGGUUACAAGCGGCAGAGCCCUUUGUUUGCAUAGACGCAAGCACCUUACCGUCUUCAGCCCAGUUCUAUCAUCGACUGUACAAGUUGUAGUGCCAGUACUGCGUAUCAUGCAAGGCAUGUGCAGUAUGUCAGUGCCGUAGUAACACAGAGCGCACAGAUUUAUAUACACUGUGUGUUUUAAUCGCACAUGGUGUCUAUGCCUAUUAUAUUACACAUGUUUCUUACCAAAGACGGACUUUUACAUUUCAGUUUUAAACCUGCAAUGGGAAAUGAGGGACUAUUUCUUGUUUCUUAGCCUUUUACCUGCAUUUUAAAAUGUUUGAGUGUCUAAACUUUUUGUAGAGAGAACUACGACAACUAAAAUGAAAGGAAAGAAGCAUGGCAUUCGUGCAAUGAAGUGCUGGAAACGAUCACAAAUGCUUUGAUUUUAAUGUUUUUACAAGUCAGUACACUGUUGCGACAAUGGAAUAUAUACAUAUGCAGGUUUUAUUAUACCACAUACUUCGUUUUGCACUUUGUGGAUCUCAGUAGUUUUGUCACUAGUGAACUGUGAGGUGUAUUGAUUGUAAAACUGUACGGAAAGCACUUUGCAGGAAAUUUCAUGGUACACCUGAGAUUUCUCCAUUUUUCCCCACUGUAAUGUGAUAAUUUCCCACAAACCCCAGCAUGGUAACCCCUCUUUCCAACCCCCCACUCAGGCCUGUCACUAGGCUAUGACUUUUCGAUCUUUCUCUGCGAAUGUUGUGAUCGUCUUAACAAGCACAGAUGAAUUAACUUACGACCAUAGCACAUGUAUUUUCACUCUCACACUAAUGUGAUAUUCUUGUGCUUUUGCAAAAACGCAGUUUCUAUAUUUGGGAAAAGUGUCGUGUUUUGUACCGAGUAUAUUUUUGCAUCGUGAGUGUUGAAGCAAGACUUGCAACAAUGCCUUGAAACAUAUCUUGGUCGUACAACAGCUCAACACCAUGAAAAGUGAAGUCAGAACUUUGUCAAGAGAUUCCGAAUGCCUUUUCUUUUAGCAUUUCAAACAGCCUUGUCUUUUGCACCAGGCGGCAUGCCAGUUUUUCUUUAUUCAGUGUAUGUAUGUAUGUAUGUGUGCUGUUUGCUACAAUGGGUAUUUUAUAUUCUUGUGUUUCUUAGAAUCUCAGGCCAAACAUUUUUAAAAGCGUGCUUCGGUGACAAGGCACUUUCGUUCUGAGCCUCAAUAUUUUGUCCUUUGCCACGCAUUAUUUCAAACAGUAUAUGCUCCGAAAUAGUCAGUAUUGUCUGCUUAACUUAAAAAUUUUGAGUUAUAUUUUUGUUGCGUUGCGAGAUGUUUCAUGUUCUAGGUAUAGAUCCUAUUUUUCUCAUUUCAUCGCGUUAAUGCGUAAAAAAAAAGUUGUUUGUUUUCAAAGUGGAAAUGCCUAGUGUGAAAUGACCGCGGAGAGAAACUGGGGGAAUGGACCUCUGUUUAUUUUCCCAUAAAAUACGUUGACACGCCCUGGUGUAACUAGCAUUGACUUUUGGGCAAGAAAUGUCGGAGCGUAGCAGUCUGUUAAAUAAAGGACCUACGCACACAGUG